AUGGACAACCAAAUCCUCUUUUCCAAGGCUGUCCCAGGCAACGAUAUUCCUGAAUUCUUUUUGGAGGGAAAGACAGAAUCAACCCCCCUGCAAGCACCAAUUUGGGGUUUUCACAAUUUUGAAGGCUCCUUUUCCAGCUACCAACAAUUCUACGAGGAUUGGCUUCCACAAGGGGUCGUUCCCUUUGGCACCCAUUGGAAGGGAACAGUGCACCUAAUGAGGUUGCCAGACCGAAAGGUCAUCCAAUUGGUAGAUGUUCCUGAAUCCNNCCCCCCCGAAACGGAUGAAGAUAAAAGCCAACACAUCUUGCAGACAGUCCUCAAUUUAGGUUGUAAUCCAGAAAUGGCAACGCGCCGAACGGACAACUCACUGUUGCCACAUUUAGGCCUAUACGAUUCUAUAUAUGACGCUGGGGGCAUGAAUAUGAGCCUAACAAUGCAAUACAAAGUCAAGCUGUCUGGAUCCAAGGUGUCACUUGGGAUCCUUGGCUUCUGUGUUCAUGUUGUCCUGUGUGAGCGUGGUGGUUUUUGCGCCCCAAUCAGCAAACAUCUUCAGGAGAACGGCUUGCAAUUUGCACAAGUUCUAGAGGCUUUGCCAGAAUGGCAAUUUGCUCCCAUCCAGUCACAGCAGAAGCCCUGAGCAAAAGGGAGCUUUGGUGUUGCUUUUCUUGGAAGAAGCUUCAUUCUCAGUUGUUGUUUAUGGUGUUAUGCAGAUGCAUGUGAUGUAGGUAGACAUGAAUUGAAAGUAAAGGCAUCAAUUCAGCUAGCUAGAGUCAACGUGUAUGCUGCGAGAAACACAAACAUUGUUGUACCAUGGCACACCAGCACAUUCCGGAUUGAACAUAUGGUACGUAGAGAGCAAGCCUUGGUAACAUGGCAGGAGCAGAUUAAGGGUAGG